GGGAGAAACACACAUCCACUUUGGCUUGUUGCUCACACCACCGAAUCGCUAGCCUCUAAGCUAAACAGACAACCGACCUGUGUUGCCACGAUCGACCUGAAAUUUGCUUAUCAAGACAAAUUGUAAUUGGUGUUGUUCAUUUAUUUAACGAUUUAACAAUCAUGGCCGCGCAGCCAUUGUCGCCGAGCCCGAGCGCGGCGCUCAAUUUCUCGACCCCAACGGCCGACCUGCGCCACGAAACAUACACCGAGAACCCCACUGACGAUGUCGAUGGCGACAGCUCGCCGUUUCUUUCGCACGUUAAGGACGAUGUGACCUCUCCGACCGCUCGGGGCCCGUCACCGCCAAAAGCCCGCCCCGGGUCGCGAAUAUUUUCGAGCAGCGAGCUCUCACCGCUCAAGAUUCUCCAACAGCAGCAACAGAGCCUGAUCCAGGCUCAAACACAACAAAACAAGCCCCAGCAGCAGUCGCCACCCGCCAGCGAAGAGGUGUCGUCGUCGCCUGCCAAGAGCAUGCCGCCGCCGCCAUUACUGCAAAGCCCCCGCAAGUCGGUCCCAAUCAAGCGAUUUCCUGUGAAGGUCAGCCAGCCUGGUACUCCCGCCAGCGAUUCGCAACGCCGGUCGCUUGAGGAGCGUCGAUCGUCUUCCGAGAGGAAGAGUAGUCUGGAAGUUGUACGGGAGAACGAGGGAUUGAAACACGCGAUCGAGAUCUUUGAGGACGAGGUUAAUGCGAUGCACGACGGUGCUGACGACGGCGAUAUCGACGGCGACCCCACACUGCCACCAGCCCAUGACGCGACCGGCGGGCAGAAUCCGAUCGCUGAGGAGGAGCCAUCCGGCGUCGACGACUCCAUGAUGAGCACCUUCAGCGCGUUCAACCUCACAACGCUGGGGCAGAUGCGCAGCGACAGCCCGUCCAAGUUCUCGGCCUUGGGCGGGUCGACUACUCCCCGGGCUCCUAGGGUCAACGGCUCAUACGACGGCGGCAGUACCGCGAAUCUGAUGGACUUCACCCCACAAGUACGCUACGGUGCCUACGGGUUCCAAGCAACUCCGGCCCUGCACGGGGGCGCCAAUGUUGCCGCUACUCCCCAGCGGCCAAACGGCAACCUAUUCAGCCUCCUCGAUCUUGAUGUCCCGCCCGCGCCAACUCCGCGCAGCGUCCCUUCGAUCACGCCGCGCGAGCUCGAGUCGCUGAAGUCGGGAUUCCUCUCGGAAAUCAGCAGCCUGAAGGCGUCGCUCAGCGGCAAGGAAGCCGAGGUCCUCUCGCUGAAGACGGCGGUAGGUGACGCCGAGAAGCGGGUGGGCGAGUGCAUGGAGCAGCUGCGCGAGGUCCAAGGGGUGCAGGAAGCCCUGCAGGCGGAGAAGGACAGCUGGGAGCGGCGCGGGCGCGAGAUGGAGGCGGUGCUGCGGAAGGUCAAAGAGGAGAUCGUCACCAGCCACCGCGAGCGGGAAGAACUCGAGUUCAAGCUUGACGAAUCGGAGAAGCGCCGCGAGGCGGCCGAGAUGAUGGCGCAGGAGGCGGAGAGCAAGAUGGCAGGCAUGCGCGCUGGUAAGGCCAGCGCCGAGGCCGCCGCUGCCGCCGCUGCCGGCGGGGCGAAAGCACCCGUUUCGUCCCACAAGGAGGUGGAGAUGGCCGUCGAGCGUGUGGCGCGCGAUCUGCAUGCCAUGUACAAGGAUAAGCACGAGAACAAGGUGGCUGCCCUCAAAAAGAGCUACGAGCAGCGCUGGGCGAAGAGGGUGCGCCAGCUGCAGACGCAGGUCGAGGACCUCCGCCGCGAGAACGAGCAGCUCCGCCACAGCCUCGACAACAGCACCCUCAACACCGGCAUCGACCCGGCCAGGCUGGCCGAGAUCGAGGAAGAGCGGCGGGCGGAAAAGGCGCGCGACGCGUCGCAGAUCAGGGAACUCGAGGCUACCGUCGAGAAGGUCGAGGCCGUGCUCAAGACGGUGCAGGCGGACAAUGCCGAGCUGCGGGUGCUGCUGGAACGGGAGCGGGUCGAGAAGGGCGAGCUGGUGAUGCUGGCCGAAGAGAUGAUGAACAUGCAGAGUUUCGUUGCCUCGGCGCCGGAGGAGCGCGAGCCGGCACCCGCACCCGCACCAACAGCGGCCCCAGCCCCAGCCCCAGCACCGGCACCGCAGCCAGCACAGAGUGCGGCGAAGACGCCGUCUAGGCGACAGUCGAAUUCCCACGCUCUAGCCACCGCGCGGACUCCAGGCACCACGAAUGGACACGCCGCCGGCAACAACAACAACUUCCGCAUGUCCGUCAACGGAGGACCGCCCAGCAGCUUCCGGGCCUCGGGCCUGCGGGCGCCGGGCGUGACGGGAAUCAAGGCGCCCUCGGGCAUCGGGCGGGUAUCGCACGAGCGCACCAAGAGCGCGGCCGUCACGGGCAACGGUGGCGGGCACGGUGGCGCCAGCAGCGGGAUGCCACGGCCGCAAUCCGGGCAGGGCUUUGCUGCGCGGAGCGGUAUCAUGAGCUCGAUCGAGAAGAUGGGCAGUUAUUCCAGUGGGUAUGGCCAGCGACAUUAAGUCGAUUAGCUAGCCCACGUUGCAGCUUUGCUACGGAGCGAUGCUGUGUUUAACUGCUGGCCGAUUGGAGAAGCAAGUUGAAGAAGGGAUGGGGGGGCAGGUUUAGCAUGGGAAAUGAUUACGUGGUUCAUCGCAUGAGUCGACGAAGGAAUGAAUGACCAUGGUUUUGGUUUGUUGGGGUUUCUUCACACAUUUGAUCUUUUUGUUCUUUUUUCCUCCUUUUUCGCCUUCUUGUUAGAGAGGCAGGCAGGCAGGCAGGCAGGC